AUGUUAGGAAAACGAAUUCACCAAUGUUGUAAUUGUAACAUGUUAUGCGACAUAUGUGCUGCAAUCAUCUUCUGCUAUUUUGCAAAAGUUUGCCUAAGCGUCGACUACUCGUGUGACCAAUUAGGUCCACGGUUCAGUUACCACGCACACACACAAAUAUGUCAACAUAAAAAAAUGAACGCACAACUAUUAAUAUAUCAACAUUUUUAUUUGAUAAACUGUUGGAGGAAACAUGACAUUCGUCCUAACAGGAAAGAGGGACAUAUUGUCAUACUCAUAAAUCCACGUGUGUGUUUGCAUAAAAUUGAAAUGUAUCUGAAAUAUUCUUUAAUUUUUCAACACGUCUGUAACAUUUUUAUCACCCAUAAUCAUUCUUAUAAUUAUAAGAAACAUAUUAUAAUGAUAUAUAAUAGAUGUUCUGUUAUUGUAGGAAACCUAUUAUUUCUAAAUUUACAAUAUCAUGAAUGCUCCAUACAUUCUGUUAAAAUAUUGUAUAAUGUGUCGCGUAGAACAAUUAAGAUGUUCAUUUGUGAAAAAUUACAAAAGUUUAUCACCUAUCUAUGA